AUGGACUGCCUAACUGAUGUUCCCUUACCAGCCUUCUAUCCGCUCCCACAUUUCUUCGAUGACAGAGCCAUUUCUCCCUUCUUCUUGUGCUCGGCAGCUCAAAUUCGCCAGUUGCCACUCUAUGACCCUUGGGUCGAGAGUGACUCUGCCUCGCAAAUGCCUUCACAAGAAUGCUAUGCCGAAAUGGAUAUCAUGAGCUCUGCAAUCAAUCAAACCAUACCUUUUGACCCAACAAGCGUGUUCUCAGAAAUUGCAUCAGGAUAUCCUUACAGACUCAGCAGUACACUCUCGCUUCCUCUCAACCCGAUAUCAUACGAUCAAGACACAGGUACUGCUUCAGCGACCGGAGCUAUCAGUAGCACAGCAAUACCAGAUUACAAUGUUCCGAUACCUACUAUCGAGCCGCCGGACGCCGAUUAUCCAGUUGUUGAAGAGUUUGAUAUGUUUGAUUCUGGUGUGAAUGCUAUGGAAUUUGAGGAUCUGAUAGAUUGGGGGGAUUUUUGGGAGCAUGAGAUUUCGGAGUUCUUGUAA